CUCCCUUUAGUAUUUAAUUCUGUUUUUUCCCUUUCCAAUGCAGAGCGAGCAAUCAUCCCUUGUCGUCGAUCUCGCGCUUCUCUUCCCCUUCCUUUAAGUUAAAAACCCCUGCUCUCUCUCUCUCUCUCUCUCUCUCUCUCUCCCAUCAGAACACGUACAUUCGCCUCUGCGAGAUCUUCCUCGGGGUUUUUCAUUCUCCCUUCGACAAAGCGAUCACGAAAUGACGAGGGAGGCAGUGGCUGAGAUCAGUAGUGUGUCCCUCGAUCUUCUGAAGACCAAAAUGGCGGAAUUUGCCAAGGAAAGGAAUUGGGAUCGUUUCCACAGCCCAAGGAACCUGCUCUUGGCUAUGGUCGGGGAAGUGGGUGAGCUAUCGGAGAUAUUCCAAUGGAGAGGAGAGGUGCCAAAGGGGCUCCCCGGGUGGGAGGAAGAAGAAAAAGUUCAUCUCGGGGAGGAGCUCUCUGACGUGCUGCUCUAUCUUGUUCGGCUCUCUCACGUCUGCGGGAUUGAUUUGGGAAAAGCUGCUCUCCGCAAGCUUCAACUUAAUGCCAUCAAGUACCCUCCUCCUUCUGCUGCUGCUGCUGCCAACAACAAUUACAGCAACACUAAUAAUGGUGCCACCAAUACUGAAAAGCUGGAGCAGAAAGCAGCAUCGAUUUUGAAUUGAAUUCUAUUCAAGGACACACCAAAAUGGACAGAAGAGAAGCAGCCAAAAUACCAAAAAUCUGAAAGAAUAUCACUCAGUUUUGUGUGUGUGUCGAAAGUCCUACUACUACUUGAGGAGGGGGAAGAAAGCAAAUUAGCGAACACAUACAGCCAAGAAGUAGGAGGGAGGGUAAAGUAGUAACCUUUUUACAUUGCAUGCUUAGCUUUUAUUAUAAAGGUGAUUAGUGUCC